AUGGUUAUCAUCAGGACUGAGACCAAACCAAAUGCCGCCCGGAUGAGAGUGCGCGAGGCAAUCCCAGGACUUCGCCUCGGCAACUUCAAGCCUGGAAAACUCAACUCUAUUACCGACGUCCCGGGCGUGUUGGUUGACGUCAUCACUAUUCGGUCCCAAGACAAACACGUCAACACCGGACUUACAACAAUCCUUCCAAGACGAGACUGGUACAAGUACUGCUGCUUCGCUGGCGUAUUUCGCUUCAAUGGAUGUGGCGAGCUGACGGGGUCUCACUGGAUGGACGAGACUGGCCUUCUUACAUCGCCGAUUCUCCUCACAUCCACCGGCUCGGUCGGUGACUCUUACCGGGGAAUCUAUGAAUACUGCUACCGCUUUCACCAGGAUGUGGAAGGAGAAAUGCCUCUUUUUAUCGUCCCCGUUGUCGCGGAGACGUAUGAUGGCUAUUUGAGUGAUCUUAGCCGUUUCCCGUUGACGGCGCAGCACGUCAUUGACGGUAUCAAGAAUGCUUCUUCGAAAGCUGUCGCCGAAGGGUGCACAGGGGGCGGGACUGGCAUGGUGUGCCACAGAUUCAAGGCUGGUACUGGAUGCAGCAGCCGAGUUGUCAGCGGCUUCGACGAGUCGGGAAACGAGGUUGACUAUACGGUCGGCGUGUUGGUUCAGGCCAACUAUGGAGGCCCUCAGUCGUUCCAUGUUGGCGGUGUCCCCGUUGGAGCGAUUAUCAAGGAAGAGCAGGAUGCAGCAGAGAAAAAAAGGGAUGAAGAGGCUGAAAAGUCUGAGAAGGAAGUUCGGAAGGACGGAAGCAUCAUCAUUGUCAUUGCAACCGAUGCGCCUCUGCUGCCUGUCCAGCUGCAGCGACUCGCCAAGCGCGCCACCGUCGGCCUCGCCAAGGUGGGCGGCUACGGUAACAAUACCUCUGGUGAUAUUUUCCUGGCCUUUUCCACAGCAAGCAAGAUUCCGUACCAGGAGGUCUCCAUGUCUGGCCAUGCCUCGCGCACUGUCGACCCGCUGCGGCCCAGCCCGAUGUCGGUGCAGAUGACGGACAACGAUUCCAUCAACGGCCUUUUCGAGGCGGCGGCAGAUGCGACGGAAGAAGCGAUUUACAAUUCCAUCUUUAUGGGAACAACCAUGACUGGCUUCAAGGGCAGAACGGUCCCGGCUGUGGAUAUUGGAAAGAUUAAGGCGAUCGUUGAGAAGCGACUGUGA